CUAGGGCUGUAUGGUUCCUGGGCAGCCCAGGGCGGAGGUGGCUCACUGCCCCCUGUAUCUGUCUCAAUGUGCCUGGUGCAGGAUGGGUGUGGGGCCUGGCCCUGGGUUUGUUCAGGGAAUGUUACUGGGGCAGGCUGGAGUGGGGCAUUGGGUACCACUGUCCCCCAUGUGGUGAGAAGGGCAGGGCACAGUGGGUCCUAGGGAUGCAUUGCGGGGAGCAGCAAGUCAAGGGCACUGAAAAAGGAACGAAUAGAUCGAUUUACUCCUUUGGUGGGAAAGGGGUUGGGUAUUAUUGAUGAAACUGAUUACUUUUAGACAAACUAAUACAGCAGGAGAGGGAAGAGGCCUUUGAGAAUGUCUCUGGGAGGCUUGUCCCCCACACCCCUUAUCCCCCUGGACCCUAACAAUGUGGGCAGCGUCCUUGGUGGGAGGAUGGAGCAGAGGCGGCAGGGCCGCCAGCAGGCCUCUGAGUGCAUCCGCAAACAGAAGCGCAAGGAGCUGGAUGCCCGGCGCAGCAAGUGCCGCAUCCGCAUCGGGGGCCACCUGGAGCAGUGGUGCCGGCUCAAGGAGCAGCUGGGAUUCUCCCUGCACUCCCAGCUGGCCAAGUAUCUGAUCGACCGGUACACUUCACAGGGCUGCGUCCGGAGUGCAGGGCAGGGUGGAUCAGAUCCCAGCGCCCUCCCCACGGAUGCCCUGCAGCGCCUGGUCGUCCUGUCUCAUGUUCACAGCCAGGAGUGCAGCUUUAUCCCCAAUAUGAAGACCCCCUCACCAGGCGACAAGGGAGCCCCAGGAAGUCUAGUGUGGGAGUGCAUGGCUGGACACACCUUCUCCUGGGGCCCCCCUGCACCGGAAGAGCAGCCACCGGGAGGUAGCUCGCAGCCCGGCAAAGCCACUUCCCAGUGCAAGGAAAGAGGAGCCAGCUCAGGGCCCAGCCCACCACCUUCCCCAGUUACCAGCCGCAGGCGCUCGCUCCGCAGGGCAGCGCUUGCCCAGGACUCCUCUGGGAAGGUGGUUAAGGUGGAGCCCAACCCCCUUGGGAACAGUGCAGUGGUGGAGAGAAUGGCAGUUCCAUCAUCCACCAGCAGCAUGGACCACAGUGGAGAGCUAGGAGAAGGGAGCACUGACACAGAGGCAGCUCCCCUGGCAGAGGCAGAGGCUGGCAUGGAAGGGAUAGAGCCGGAGAGUGCACCAGGAUUGGAGGAUAAACCAGAGGAGGUGCCUGACCCCAAAGAGGAAGAGGACGAGGAUGAAGACUUCACCGAAGAAGAUGACCUCACUUACACUGACGACCUGCGCGAUAAGAAUUACCACCCCUCGUUGGACAGUGACUCCGAGCUGAAAAGAGAACAAAGCCAGAACAAGAGCCGCAAGAGACCCGUGAAGGGUGCGCAGCUGCCUACCGAGGCGAGUCCAGCCAACGGCAGCCCCUCUGAGGAGAAGGCGGUGCAAUCCAGCCGCAAGAAGCGGGGACAGCCGAGCAACAAGGAUGUGGCCCAGAUCGGCCCCAAGAGAAUCAGGAAGGCAACCAAGCGUGAGAUGCUCCUGUGCGACUUCGAGGGCUGCGGCAAGAUCUUCUCCAACCGCCAGUACCUGAACCACCACAAGAAAUACCAGCAUGUGCACCAGAAGACCUUCACCUGCUCUGAGCCCAGCUGCGGCAAGUCCUUCAACUUCAAGAAACACCUGAAGGAGCACGAGAAGCUGCACAGCGACAAACGGGAUUACAUCUGUGAGUACUGUGCCCGCCCCUUCCGCACCAGCAGCAACUUAAUCAUCCACAGACGCAUCCACACGGGGGAGAAACCCAUACAGUGUGAGAUCUGUGGCUUCACCUGCCGUCAGAAGGCCUCCCUCAACUGGCACAUGAAGAAGCAUGACGCCGACUCCUUCUACCUUUUCUCCUGCGACAUCUGUGGCAAGAAGUUUGAGAAGAAGGACAACGUAACCGCACACAAAAGCAAGAGCCAUCCCGAGGUGGCUGCCGGCCCGGCCCAGCCCACACUGGAAAUGCCGGCAUCUAGCAACAGGGACACGCCAUCCCUGCUCCCCAGCCUCACUGAGGAGACACAAACCAAGGACCACUCGGAUGUGCUGUGCCCACUUGCCACAGAGCAGCUGGAGAUCCCUGCACCGAGCCAUUGCAAAAUGGAGAAGGCGGAAGAGCCGGUGUCCCCCAUCGCAGCAUCCGCCGAGUAACGGGCCACACCGAGUGGGAUCCAGGUCUCACCAGCGCUUGGGGGCUGAACCACGGGGGAUGUUGGCAGAGAUGAUCCCAGCAGGAUCCUGCCUUCCAGCUGGACUCUGCUGAGAGUGGGACAUAAAGCGCUUAGCAGAGGGAUGGGGAUAAUGACUGAACCAUGGCGGGGGACUGCAACAGAAGAUCUGAAAUCCUGCCCAGGUACUGAGAGUAUGAGGACAGGGAGGCACAGGCAGCCCUGCGAAGCCUCCCCACACCACAGUCAGUAGAGUGCAGACUCUCCGUGGGCCAAGAGGACUGACACCAGCACUUCUCUGGAGCAAGGGGGCUCUGAAGAGAGAUGCUGAGGUUCGCCCUCCCCAGGAACAGGCCUCAGCUUUGCUACUCUCAGCUUCAGGGCUUUGGACAAAUCCUCAAUAAAGAAUUAUUUUGUGUAA